AUGGCUUCCAGCACAGCACUGCCAAACGGCACAGCGCCCUCAGGAGCGACAGAUGCCGUCCUGAAGCCAUCCGAUCCCAUACCCGAGGGUGCGGUACCUGUGAAAGGACUCGACUUCGAUGCGUUCGCUGAUCGCAAUGUCACGGUCGCCGAGCUGGUAGAGAACCUUGCGAAGGUGGGCUUCCAAGCUUCUUCGAUAGGGCAGGCAGUUGAUAUAGUCAACGGCAUGCGGACUUGGCGUGAUGCAGAGACGGGAGAGAAGACCACAAUCUUCCUCGGCUAUACUUCCAACCUGAUCUCAUCCGGGCUACGGGAAACUCUCAGAUGGCUCGUGCAGCAUAAGCAUGUGUCUGCCAUCGUGACCACUGCUGGAGGAGUGGAAGAAGACUUCAUCAAAUGUCUGGGAGAGACGUACCUCGGAUCCUUCACAGCAUCUGGAGCUGCUCUCCGUGCCAAAGGGAUGAACCGAAUUGGAAACUUGUUCGUCCCAAAUGACAACUACUGCCACUUCGAAGACUGGGUCAUGCCGAUACUGGACAAGCUACUAGAGGAGCAAGAGGCUUCGAAGAACGACGAAGAGCCGAUGAAUUGGACCCCAAGCAAAAUCAUCUCCAGGCUCGGCAAGGAGAUCAGCGACGAGCGAUCUGUGUAUUAUUGGGCGUACAAGAACGACAUCCCAGUGUUCUGCCCUGCGCUCACAGAUGGUAGCCUGGGCGACAUGCUCUACUUCCACACUUUCAAGGCAUCCCCAAAACAGCUGCGAGUCGACAUCGUGGAGGACAUUCGGAAGAUCAAUACCAUCGCCGUCCGAGCCAAGCGCAGUGGCAUGAUCAUUCUCGGCGGCGGCAUCGUCAAGCAUCACAUCGCCAACGCCAACCUGAUGCGUAAUGGCGCCGAGAGUGCUGUCUACAUCAACACCGCCCAGGAGUUUGAUGGAUCCGAUGCGGGAGCAAGACCGGACGAGGCUGUGAGUUGGGGCAAGAUCAAAGCCGACGCUGCGAGUGUCAAGGUUUACGCCGAAGCCACGGUGGCCUUCCCACUCAUUGUAGCCUCCACCUUUGCCAAAGUGGACAAGCCGGUAGCGAAGACCGCUUGA